GACAGCCGGUCCCAUGUUGGAGGGGCGGUAGCCUGCAGAUGCCCCCCCCCCCUCUUCUGUCGUCACAGCUUUAUAAACACACUGCUGGAGACUUGACCACUGACUUUCCCACGCGAUACACGCAAACCUGCCCCGGACAUUAGGCUCCUUCCUCUGACAAGAUGGCCACGGAGAGCUUGGAGAUGAACGGGGAUGCCGAUCGAAACGGAGGAGCGGAGGUGCCGCUGCGAGGCCACGUGAGGAGGCAACAGGGACCCCUGAACAUGAACCACUACGCCAACAAGAAGAGUGCGGCAGAGAGCAUGCUGGACGUGGCUCUGCUCAUGGCUAACGCCUCCCAGCUGAAGGCCGUGAUGGAGCAGGGACCAGACUUCACCUUCUAUGUGCCCCUCAUUACUCUCAUCAGCAUCUCUCUCAUCCUACAAAUCGUUGUGGGCGUUAUGCUUAUCUUCAUAGUGAAGUGGAACCUGAACGAUGAGAGCAUGCACAACAAGCUGAACAUCAUGGAGAACCUGGCCACGGCCUUCGUCUUCGUCAUAGUUGUCGUCAACGUCUUCAUCACAGCCUUCGGGGUCCAGCGGCCCAACACAAGUUAAUCAUACUUGACUCUCCAUGCCUUCAGAUCAACUUAGUGUGAACGGACCUUAGUGUUAUCUGUGCAAAUGGACAGGAUAUUUACUUACCAAAACAAACGGCAUGCAGGUGCAACUCUUAUCUCCCGGGCUUGAAGAGCUCAAACGUACCCCAAGGAUCAAGUGACAUUGUGUGUGUGUGGUCGUGUGUGUGAGUGUGUGUGCGUGUGUGUGUUGAUGGGAGUUCCCUUUGUCUCUAACCACUUCCACGGAUAUAUGUGUGCUUUUUAUUUCAAGUGGUUAUUCUCCCCUUCAUUACCUCAUAUCAUGCUCAGGUUACUGAUGCAAAUAAACGAUUGCCUUUACUAAUGAAACAAACAUAUCAGGAGCAAAGAUACUGUGUGUGAGUCACAACCACUGUGAAUGUUUCCUGAACAAAAACGAUCUCGAGUAAUUUGGAAGUUUAGAAAUUGUUUGACGGGGCCUAAACAUCUGUGUGUGUUUUGUUUAAGGGCAGUAGACACUAGAGACUAGAUUUUAUUUUUAAAGUUAGUCACCAAGGCCUAAUCCAAAUGAAAUCCUGAACAGGGAGAGCGACAGGAGCCAUUUUGGCUCCACCUCAGCUUGAGUGAUUAUCUGACAGCUUCAUAAAGGGGGCAUAUAGACUGAUUAAAUGGACCUUACCUUUUUUUUUUUUUUUCUAUGCAAAGUUUUGUGUGUAAAGUUUAAGCUGAUUUGCAAGUUAAUGACUGAGUAUUUGUUGAUUUAUGUAUAUAUUGUACUUUGUCACUUUUACAUAUAUUUUUUCAUCAUCACGUUUUAAAAAAGGACCAAAGUUGUUUCUUAGCUUUUGUUAAAUGACCUCGUAUCACUCUGUGUGCUAUUUCAAAUGAGCUUUC